AUGUUUUGCUUCACGAAAAUCAACAUGCUCUACGCCAUUACCGUAUGUUUCUUCUUCGGUGUUACCGUUGGCGCCUUCGUCUUCGUCAGCAGAGCCGAUCAACUCUGUCCAACUUACAUGAAUAAUGGAACAAUUGGUCUCUGUUACGUCGCCGUAGGAGCUGGUGCUGGUGGUAUAGCCGGAUUGCUUUGGCCAUUUCUGCCAGUGCCUAUGCAUGUCUAUAUCUCUUUGAUAGCUACGAUGACCGGUGGACACGUAUUUAACCUUCAAAUGACUAUACUGACAUACGUAGAGACCAUGCGGGUGUUGAGUCACAUACAGAAGGUAACAAUAGUACCACUAGAGGUAGCAGAGUGUCUGAAGGAGGAAACAGUUUAUUCCAUGCAGCUCAUCCGAAGAUCCAUGUUCGACGAAUCACACGUGGAGGACAUGAAUCGUGGGAUCAAAGAAGUAGCCGAUAGCUUUGAUCGAGCUAAACAAGCCCAGGACGAAUUUCGUGACACCAUUGAAACUGGGUUCCGUUGGCUUGAGAGUAAAGGUUCAACCUGCACAGAGACUUUAAAAGAACCCUAUCCUAAAUGCUUAAGUGACCUGCAGAACAGCGAUUCCGUUAACCAGUUAAUUAUGGGACAGGCUUGCGAAUCAUUGAGAACAUUGGGCACUGCACCUUGUGGUAUGUUCUCCGAGGAGCGUAUAACAGACUCUUUGAGGGGAAUAAGAGACCGGAUCGCCGCCUGGAUUUCUGAUGCAAUUCGAAUGCGCGUUGGUAUCCUUUUUGAAAUGAAAGCAACCAAUUUCGUAGAAGAUGAACUAGCCAAUGCAUGGGCGCCAUUUAAAAAUGCCAUGAACACCGGAUCCGAUUUGGCAGACUAUCUUUACGAUUUCGUCACCAACUACGUUCUAAAAUACAUGGGUGCAUUCAUUCUCAUCAUUUGGCCAUUUGGUUACAUGUUGUGCUAUAACCGCGGCCCGCUGGAGUUUGAUAACGUGUACAUCCCUGAAGACGAACAGGAAAAGGAAUAUAACGACACCAAUGAUGAUACCUUGGACGAACUGCGUUAUCUACCUUUACAAUCUGGGAUCGAAACAAAGAAAAUUCGCAUGGUACCGGCCUGGAUUCUUAACCCUGGGGAGAUUUUCAAAGUAAUUAAAUCACUCAUCUUCGUUGUUGACCUGCUCAUAAUCCUUUCAGUUCUGCUCGUCGACUUUUACUACACCAAAGUGGUGGAUGGCAUGUACUUUGGUUCGAUCAACCUUUUCAACAAUUAUCAGGGUAAGAUAUUUGACAUUGUUCGUCUGCCCCUGUCGGAUGCCAAGGGCAUACAUUACAUCGGGCAAAUUCUCCUCGAACAACUAGACAGUCUACAGCAAGCAGCUGGUUUGGGUCGAAUGGUAGCUUGCGCCCGCCGAGCUCCGCCAAUCGAUUACACGUACGAGGUUUUCGCCUUAGCUCUGCUACUACGUCUCUAUUAUCUAUUCACACAAAUCAAAUUGGCAUGGCUGCCGUCUAUGAUCUGUGCUCGAUACAACCAGAAGCGUCACAAGCAGCGAAUGCGGUCCCUUAAGGCGAAGACGCUCUUAAGACGUGACGAAUAUUAUCCGCCCAGCCGCUUUCCUUGGCUAAAUGCACUCUUCGGUUCUUGCCAUAAUUUUUGCUCCUAUAAUUUCACGCCCAGUUGGCUCCGUACAUUAAUGGACGCCAAAGAUGAGUUCAAUUUGUAA